AGUGCCAACUUUGCGAGGUUUGAGUUACACAUAGGUUAUGUUAGAAAUAAUUUAGGUAUUUAUUUUAUUAAAAAAAAAUUAAAUAUAGCGAAUAUGAAAGUUCAUACAAACCAAAACAACACAGCAACGCUGAAGUUGCUGAUAGCCGGUAAAUUAGCCGGCAAAGGGCUCACGAUACACCAAACUUCAUUGGAAGGUACAACAGACAUUUUCACUGGCCCUCAGGUGCUGCCAUUGCUUGAAGUGGAUGAAAACCUGACGAUAUUUAGCAGUAAUGCAGCUACAUUGUAUUUACUUUCUGGUUUAUCUGACAUGGGUAAAUGUAAUGAAAUACUAGAAUGGGAGGCGACACGCCUGCAACCAGUGGUAUCUACAAUACUAACCAGCAAAUCUGUACCGUCUGAUUUGAAGCAGGUUUUAAACUCCUUACUGCUUAUGCUUGAGGGUUUGUUGACAAAACAAAAAUAUGUUGUUUUGGAUAAACUAUCAGCAGGUGAUAUAUCAAUAUGGAGUACUUUAUAUCCCAUCGCAUUUAAUAAAACCUUAAAAGAGACCUACCUUAACGAGUUCACCAACAUUGCAAAAUGGUUGGAAGAGUUAGCAUCUAACAAAGCUGUGCAGGAUGCGCUCAGUCAGUGGGACGGUACGGUGGAAGGGCCAUUUGGUUCGAAUGCAGCUUUGGGCGUUCCACAAAUAACGAAUAUGGUAUCACGUAUAGGGUCCCCCGAAGAAGCUCCAGAGUUGAGUGUGACACCCGAGGAAAUCGAAGCGGCCAAGCAGAACUUAAUUAACGGUGUCCAGAACUUACCUGAGUCAAUGAAAUCGGAGAAACCACCAUUGCCAAUAAAGGGUCGCCGAAACGUUCUCAUCACCUCCGCUUUGCCCUAUGUAAACAAUGUACCCCACUUGGGAAACAUCAUUGGAUGCGUACUCUCCGCCGACAUAUUCGCUAGGUACUGUCGAUUGUGUGGUUACAACACGUUAUAUGUGUGUGGGACUGAUGAAUACGGCACCGCAACAGAAACCAAAGCGCUGGAAGAGGGCAUAACGCCUCGCGAGAUCUGCGAUAAAUACUUUGCGAUCCACGACGCGGUGUAUCGUUGGUUCAAUAUCGGGUUCGACUACUUCGGCCGAACCAGCACUGCACAGCAGACUGAAAUCGCCCAGAGGAUGUUCUUAAAACUGAUGGACAACGGUUUCGUCAGUAACCAAUCCGUCGAUCAGCUGUUCUGCGAAAACUGCCAGAGAUUCUUGGCUGACAGGUUCGUGGAAGGCACGUGCCCUCAUCCCGGCUGUCUGUAUGACAGUGCAAGAGGUGACCAAUGUGACAAAUGCGGCAAGCUGAUCAACGCCAUAGAGCUGAUAGAGCCGCGAUGCAAAGUGUGUUCCCUUAAACCCACCGUUAGAUCAAGUGAUCAUUUGUUCAUCGAGCUCGGACAGUUGGAGCCUUCAAUUCGCACGUGGUUCAACAAUACAGAAGGCGGGUGGUCACCGCCCGCUAGAGCUGUCACUCGAUCGUGGUUGAGGGACUCGUUGCGGGCGCGCGCUUUGACUAGGGAUCUGAAGUGGGGGGUGCCCGUGCCUGUUCCGGGUUAUACUAAUAAGGUGUUCUACGUUUGGUUCGACGCACCCUUAGGCUACCUCAGUAUAACACAAUGCUUCACUAAAAACUACGAAAAAUGGUGGAAAAAAGACAAGGAUUAUGAUAUAAAGUUGUACCAGUUCAUGGCGAAAGACAACGUUCCGUUCCACGGCAUCAUGUUUCCGGCGACCAUUAUUGGAGUUAACGAGGGUUACGCAUUGGUAGACCAUAUAUUUGCUACAGAAUACCUGAACUACGAGGAAGGCAAAUUCUCCAAGUCGAGAGGUGUGGGCGUAUUUGGGACGGACGCUCAGGACACGGGUAUACCAGCAGACGUGUGGCGGUUCUACCUGGCCAGCAUUCGACCUGAGACGUCAGACUCUAGUUUCAGUUGGACGGAAUUGGGCACCAGAAACAACUCUGAACUCCUCAACAAUCUGGGCAACUUUUGUCACCGCUCGUUGAGCUUCUGCGCAAACACGUUCAAAGGCGUCCUGCCCGACAUGAAGUUGACAGAAGCCGACUACGAAGUUGUCGCGCUCGUUAACAGAGAAGUUAUCGCGUACGUGCAGCAGAUAGAGAAGGGCCGCCUGCGGGAGGGGCUUAGACACGUGCUGUCCGUAUCGCGUAUAGGGAACCAGCAUAUGCAAAGUACGCAGCCCUGGGUGCUGCUCAAAGGCUCCGAUGACGAUAAGGUUCGAGGUGCCACCGCCAUUGCUCUUUGCUGCCAGCUGGUGGCGCUACUGUGCACGUUGCUGGCGCCCUACGUGCCCGACACAAGUCGACGCCUGCGCGCGCAACUCAACGUACACGCAGACGCCUUGAGGAUCAACCCACAGAAUCCAUCUCUGGUCCAGUACCUACCAGCUGGGCAUGUGAUCGGAAAACCGGAGCCGCUGUUCACCAAGCUCGAAUCGGAAGUUCUGGACCAACUGCGUGCCAAAUACGCUGGCACGCAGAGCGAACGUGCCAAUAAGAAUGGCGAUAAGAAGCAGUCUACAUCCGCUGAAUUAGAGGCAGCCAUUGCCACUCAAGGCGAAAAAGUAAGAAAACUAAAAUCGUCGACCAAAGACAAAUCAAUAUGGCAACCGGAAGUUGACAAGCUGUUGGCGUUGAAAAAGGAAUUAUCCAGUCUGCCGACUCAAAGCGCUCCCGCUCCGAGCAAUACUAGCAAUGGGACUGUUGCUGAUCUUGAAAAGGCUGUAGCAGAACAGGGUGAGAAAGUAAGGAAAUUAAAAUCUACGACCAAGGACAAGUCAGUUUGGCAACCGGAAGUCAACAAACUAUUGGCGCUAAAGAAACAACUGGGGGAUGCGCAGUCGCAAUCUAAAACCAGUGUUCCCAACGUAGCCGCUAAUAAUAGUGCUGCCAACUUAGAAAAGGCCAUCGCUGAACAGGGUGACAAAGUAAGAAAGCUGAAAGGUUCAACAAAGGACAAGUCAGUGUGGCAACCGGAAGUUAACAUACUGUUGGAUCUCAAGAAACAACUUGCCGCGUUGCAAGUCAAUAACAAAUAAAUAUUUAUUUGAUACAUCUCUUUCUUUGUUUAAUAUACGGCGAUGGUAACAUAAAAAAUCUUGUCUUAAUACUUGAAGAAGAUAUACUUUCUACACAUUCGUCGAUGUUUUUCUACACAUUCGUAUUAAUUUGAAGUGAUUCAAAUAUAUACGAUUAAACAAUGCCUCUUGAGGCACUUCAUACACAGUUUUUUUUAAACUAAAUAAUAUAUAUUAUUUUCUAUAAGUAGUACCGUCAGUCAAUACAUUUUGUAAAUUGCAAGCAUACCUUAGAUUAAAGGAGAUUUCAGACUCUCAGAGACUAUAGAAAUUGCUGAUGUUAAAUAAAAAUAUCGCCGUGUAUAAAAAAUAAGCUAAGCUAAAAUCAUGAAAUUAUAUU